AGCCCCGUCUCCCAUGUCGGUGGUGGCUGACGUCAAGUCCCGCGAGAACCAUGCGAGGGUCUCAUCUCCUGCAGCCCCAUAGUGCGCAUGUCUCACAGCGUCAACAUCCACAAACGUUACUCUCCGCCAAUCACCGUCACCGUUCCCGUCCCGCCGAACCCCAGCCGCGCAGCCGCAGAGGAGACCAAUACAAGUAGGAGGCCGAAGACAGCAUUCGAAAGCGGCCGUUCUCAUGACGCAGCGUCUCGACCAAUGAGCGCCUUCUCUCUGGGCACGCGCAGUAGCAGCGCGCAGGACGAUGACGACACGCUGCGGCUGGUCACGUGGGAGGAAGGCGGUUGGCUGGUGCAUGAUGACGUAGAGCUGACGGAGAGGAAGGGCGACCUUGUGGCGUUCGAACUCAAGGUCGUGCUGCAGAGGUUCAUCAUCCUGCGACUAAAGACCGGUUCACACCAGUCGCCAGACAAAGUAGUCCGUGCUCUGGAGAAAUCCCUCCGCACUAAGCGGGCUGCGUGCAUCGCCCGCCACCGGACAGACGACCCAGGCAGUCUCGUCUUCAAGUGCGUCCCCGCGUCUGACUCCGCCCAGACCCUGCGGGCCCUGGAGGAUUCUGGGUACGUGGGGCCGCCCGACCCCAGCUCUGACGUCAUGCUUACCGAGGGGCAGCUCGUCUACAUGCGACUGCUAGGAAACAUCACACGAGCGGAGGAGUCUUCAGAAGAGGAGCUCCGUCUGCCCUUCCACUGUCACGUGCACAAGUCGGUCAGGUUAAAGGUCAAAGAGCAGGACGAGUUCGCCAAUCACAGCUACGAUGAGUACCGGGGUCAGGUCGAGUUCUACGUCAGGGAGAACAACGAGCAUGACGGGAAGGAAACGUCACUGUGCAAGCUGCCCGUCUCACUACCCAAAAAAGAGAGACCCCGGCCUAGACCGCCCAGCUCAUACCGGAAACUUAUCGAAGUUCCAGGUCCGCUGGGUACGGACGGACUGAACCAUCUGGCCCGUGAGAUGGGGGAGGACUGGGAUGUGGUGGCGGGGUACCUCAAGGUCAAACACAGCCGGGUACAGGCCAUCAAGAGGAACUACCCCGGAGACAUCAAACAACAGGCGUUUGACAUGCUGUACACGUGGCGGAACAGCAUGCCUCGCCAUGCUGACAAGGUCGGCGUGCUGUACAAGGCGCUGCGCAAGUCCGACCGCGGGGACCUGGCAGAGAAACUCCGGGCACAGACAGCCGCUUAACGUUCAACAUGCUGCAGUUUUAAAAUACAGUCGCUAGAGGGGGUGCGUAAGCGGUCGUGUGUUUCGGUAAUGUAGAAGAAUUACGCAAAUGUGCAAGCUUUGUUUCUGGAACUUUGAAGACUUGUCACAGUAUGCAAUAAAAGUAUACAAAGUGCAUGUAAUAGCUAAUAAUGCGUUACAUUCAAAUUGACAUGUAAUUGAAUAGGUAAGGUGAAGUUUAUCGCAAAUAGGCAAAAAAAAUGUAUAGUUUUAAAGCCCACAAUCCAGUGCACUGGUUUUUGAUGGCAUCAAAAUUUGAAUCUUGAUGAUGUUAGUUAUGUCCCAUAUUGGGUAAAGUGUGACGACUAUAUACCACACUGAACAUUGUUUACAGUGUUGCUAUAAUGUAACUGUGUGUGGCUUUGCUGUGCUGUUUUACUUUUGUAAUUUAUUGUGUGACCUUAUUUUGUAUGUUGCCGGAAUAAAAGUACACACAAAAGUGUCAGAAUUGAA